AUGUAUCCUCAACCGGGUGCCCCGAUGGCACCACCGCAAAAGCCUGAAACAUUUAUGCUCUCGACCGAAGCCCAGCAAAGUCUACCGCAUGAUGCGCAAGUUGCGCUGCAACAAGUGGAUAACUUGAAAUACUUCCUUCUGUCAGCUCCUGUCGACUGGCCUCCUGAUCAGCUUAUUCGUCGUUUCUUGCUUCCCACAGGCGACUAUGUCUCUUGUGUCCUCUGGAGCAACCUGUUCCACAUCUCCGGUACCGAUAUUGUCCGAUGCCUCGCAUUCCGAUUCCAAGCCUUCGGACGUCCAGUCAAGAACUCGAAAAAGUUUGAAGAGGGCAUUUUCUCCGAUCUGCGAAACCUCAAGGCCGGAACCGAUGCGACGCUAGAGGAACCCAAGAGCGCGUUCCUGGAUUACCUGUACAAGAACAACUGUAUCCGGACGCAAAAGAAGCAAAAGGUGUUCUACUGGUACAGCGUGCCCCAUGACCGGCUAUUCCUGGAUGCACUGGAACGGGAUCUGAAGCGCGAGAAGAUGAACCAGGAGGCCACCACGGUCGCAGUCAGCGAACCGGCCAUGUCCUUUGAAUUCGACUCGUCCCAGUCCCUAUACGAGCAAUUGACCAAAGCUCAACAAGCGAACUCGUCCUCGUUUGCUGCCCACGCAAGUACGACAUAUGGCCAGCCCAACUCCCCCGUGGUGCGGACCGUUGACGCAAUGCCUCCCCCGCAGAUGGCUCCCCCAGCGAUUCCGAUGCUUCAGGACGACAGUGGGAAUCCGAUGUACAGCCAACCUCCGAUGCCCCUGUCUCACACCUUGGUCCAGAGCAUUAUUAAGCGUGAGCAGGACUUCGGCCCUAUCCAGUACGAUCGCAACGGAAUGCCCAUUCACCGCAUACACCAGCGUCAUUCUUCCAUGCCGACUUUCUACGAAUAUUCGCCCGCACCUUCGUUUGUAUCUUCGCAGUACGAGGACUACAGCAACCGGGGUCUGUCUUUUGAGCCAGUCACACCGCCACAACACUCGGUCGGUCUGGGAUCGGAACCAGCCUACAUCGCCAACGAGGAUACAGGACUAUAUACUGCAAUUCCGGAUCUCUCCAGUGGGCAUGCAUACAAUCCCACGAUGCAGCUCCCUCCGUCGAAUCUGGCUAAUGCUCAUUAUGCUCCGGCACCUCGGUCAUUCUCCUCGAACCCGUACUCUGUCAUCGAGGGAUCCCCGACCUACAAGCAGCGCAGGCGUCGAUCUUCCAUCCCGCCCAACUCCGCCAAUGUCACCCCCGGCACCUCGGGCCAUGGCCAGUCCACGACUCCAUCCGCUCAGCCAGUUUCCUACGCUGCUCACAGACCCAGUGACUUGCGCCGCUCGGUUUCUAGCUCAGUCGCUCCGGUUGCCGAGGGAGAUGAGUCUGUUCAAGAUCUCGCUCGUACUUACCCAAGUGCGAUGCUCCCUCAAAAGGAUCUUAUGCAGGAGAUGUCUCGGCACGGUACGCCUCUACAGAACCUCGACCAGAGCACCGGACACUCGGUUCCAAUGACAACCCAACCGGAUGAUCUGACUGCUUUGCGGACCAAUGCAUCUCUCGAGGCCGCAGUUUCAAAUACUACUGGUCGAGAGCGUUCGGCGCCGGGACCUGCUCGAAGAGCGCGAAGCGCCACCAUGAUGGAGCUCGGCCCUUACCCCCAGAAGUCCCACUCCUGCCCGAUCCCGUCUUGUGGCAGAGUGUUUAAGAGAUUAGAGCAUCUUAAGAGACACGUGAGAACACACACUCAAGAGCGUCCUUAUGAAUGCCCGUUCUGCACCAAGGCCUUCUCCCGUUCCGAUAACCUCGCACAACACCGUCGCAUCCACGAAGCACAACAAGAUGGUCAAACAAUCGUUCCCAAUGACGAAGACCUAGAGAAUGAUGAGAUCGAGUACGGUUCCCAAAGGGAGAGCUUCUCCCCGCCCCAGCCGGCUCACACUAUGAUGAACAUGACGAACAUAACUAUGCCAUCCGCCAUGCCCAACAUGGUUGCUUCGCACAUGAUCGCUCCACAGCUUCUGCAGCAACACAUGUGA